AUGGUUGUAACCUCGAUUGAGCGACUUUUUCGGAAUUCUUCAGAUUCUUGUAAGGAAAUCAGGAGGCUGUAUGGUUAUGAGGGCAACAUUGUUUUCACCGACAACAAAGAUCAAAAGGUUAAGACCUUUAAUCCCUUAAGUGCAACAGUCGAGACCUUGUUGGGUACUGGCCAUGAAGGAACCGUUGAUAGAACUGAAGAAAGCUGCUCAUUUACACAAUUUCAUGCAAUCUUUUCCUUGUAGAAAAUUUUUUUUGUUUCCGAUAUAGCUGCUGAAACAAUCAAACUAGCUUCGGGGCUUACUGGCAAAGUGUCCUUUCUUCGCAACCUCGAAUGUCUCUAUGAUAGUUUUGGAAUUGGUGCACGACGCGUUCCAAUUAUCUCUUCAAGAUGCUGUGUGCAAUGUUUCAUCUGUAAAUGCUUAUAUUAAAAACACAGUCGCUGAAGUAAGGCAGUACUAUAAAAUGAAAGAAACGGCAACAAUAAAUGGCCCUAAAGGAACUGUUUCCAGCAAAACACAGGAGUCAUUGGUGCUUCUCGAAAGAGGUAUGGAACAGCUACGAGAUAACGUUAAGAAUGUAAACGAGGACUAUCUUGGUGACAUUGACCUGCGUACGCUGCUAACAACUCAGGUGGAAAACCUUCAUGCAGUCUCCCACUUCAAAAACGAGACUUUCACCGCUCUUCAGUAUGCUCAAGACUUCGGAACAAUUUUAAAGGAAUCUUUAAAGAGAACAACGAAGUGGGGUGCGAAGUACUUCACACUUGAGAAGUCUUAUUAUCCAGUGCCUAAAUCCAGUGUGGAGUUACGGGACGUAGAUUUGGUGAAACCUCCUCCAGCUGAUAACGUUGACCCCAACAUUGAGGCAGCCAUGAAGGAAUUGGUUGACAGGUAUCGACCUGUUAAGGACAGUAAGAAGCGAAUCAACAAAAGACAAAGCGGGAGCCCUGCCGCCAGCUGUAUAUUCCAGUACGCCAUCGUGUACUAGAGUAACAUUCCAAGAGGAUGUUUAAGAUGAUCCAGGGACAGACAAUGAAGAACGAGUCGACCAGGGUACAAAUAUUCCACGAGCUACAAACGAAGUACCGAGAAUCACCUCUGUUGACGAAAGCAUGCUCGGAGUUGUCGCAGUUGGUGACGUGACAGACCUCCCCGAGCAACAGGAUGAAUUCGACACCGACUCGGAGAGCGAUGUGGAUAAUGAUACAGACAUAACGUUCAGCAGAUUUGGUCGCACCACCCGCGCUCAUUUCCGCCUUGAUCUCUAG